AUGGAGCAAAAGAAUACUCUUCGAGUGGCUCACCUCGCACUGCUCGCUCUUCUAGUUGUAGUAUCUCUGUACCUCAAUGUGGUGCUCGAGAACACUAAUCACCAAGGUCCUCCCAACGGAGGCUCCACUUGUCAAGAUGGUAGUGGAGGAGAGCGCCUACUACCCUUUGACGAUCCAGAGGCAGACGGCGAAUGGCUGUGGACCACGGCAGUGGGCGACAACCACAUCUGGCUCGGCCCAGAAAAGCGCACGUUUGCCAUCCCGAUGAUCCACGAGCUGCACUGUCUGCGCAACAUACAGCGCGUCAUCGAGUAUGGCUUCAUGCCCGCACGCGAAGAACACACCUACCACUGUCUCAACUACAUGCGACAGUGGACGCUCUGCUCCGCAGACGUCGCGCUGGAGCCCGGCCCUUUCGAGACGCGCGAUUUCGACGUGGAGCGGAUCGGGGGGACACACACGUGCCAAGAUUGGGAGGUGGUGUAUGACUUUGUGAGGGACAAUUGGAGGGAGUUGGUGCGUUUCAGGGCAGACAAGGAGAUGAACUAG